CCUGAACGAAAGCGCAAGCCUGGUGCGCGUGAAAACCGCCUGCAUCUCGCCAAAGCGAGACAAAAACCGAAUACAUUACCAGCAUCUUUUUCAUUGUAUUAUUGUAGUUGGAGUGCUCGUUUUCUGUACGGACCCCGUGUACCAGUUGAGACUGUCUGAGACUGACAGUGUUGAAGGACAGAAGCGGAGCGGGUUUCGAUACCGGGACAGAAGAUGCUGGUUCUUCUUCAUUGACGGAUCUGGUCCAACCCAUGGGCUAUACACACAAAAACACAACGGCACAUCACUCGUGUUAUAGAUCACGAGUUUAAAACGGGAUCCCUUUGUGCCUCUUUUUUCUCCCACGUGCAAUAAAGUGGAUCCGUAUUUGAGGAGUGUCAGCAGAGCAGGCCUGUGCAAGACAAGGAGAGUAAAACUUCACAGAAGAUGAGGAAGAGCCGGAGCGUUCUUACUGUGUCACCUAAUGAGGACAGCAAAGAGCCUCCGGACUGCAGACUAAGUGAAUCUUUCACCUCUACUGGUUGCACGCUGGGUGUAGACCUGCACAGGAGGAGGCGCCGGUUCUCUGGGAACCUACAGUUGCCUCCUUUAUCAUGGCGGCAGAUGGAGAGGUCACGCAGUCCGGAUGACGAGUUCAUGGCAAGACCAACUACCCUGCCCUUCAUCGCACCCCCUCGCAUUGACAUCACACCUGUGGACUCUGAAUGUUUCGAUGUGGAAAAUGGCCCUUCUGCAAGCUGUAGUCCUUUGGAUCCCCAGGCCUCACCGGGUUCUGGCCUGGUUCUGCACACAAACUUUCCCAGCCACAACCAGCGGAGAGAGUCCUUCCUCUACCGCUCAGACAGCGACUAUGACCUUUCACCAAAGUCAAUGUCUCGAAAUUCUUCUAUCGCCUCAGAACUGCAUGGGGAUGACCUGAUAGUCACACCUUUUGCUCAGGUUCUAGCAAGCCUUCGAAGUGUCAGGAACAACUUUACUGUCUUGACCAACGUUCAGUGCACAUCUAAUAAGAGGUCCCCCGUGUCCAACCAGCCCCCCAUUACCAGAGUGUGCCUACCUGACGAGUCGUACCAGAAGCUGGCUGUGGAGACCAUGGAGGAGCUGGACUGGUGUCUGGAUCAGCUGGAAACCAUCCAGACGUACCGCUCCGUCAGCGACAUGGCCUCCAACAAGUUCAAGAGAAUGUUGAACAGGGAGCUGACGCACUUCUCUGAGAUGAGCAGAUCUGGCAAUCAGGUGUCGGAGUUCAUCUCCAACACCUUUCUAGACAAACAGAAUGAAAUGGAGAUUCCCUCGGAAACAGCAAAAGCCCGCGAGAAGAAGAAAAAACAGCAGCUGAUGACUCAGAUCAGUGGAGUGAAGAAAGUGUCCCAUGGGCCCAUCCUCAACUGCAGCCUCGCUCGCUUCGGCGUCAAAACCGACAAAGAGGAUUUGCUGUCUAGGGAAUUAGAAGACCUGAACAAAUGGGGCCUGAACAUCUUUACCGUUUCAGAGUAUUCGAACAACCGGCCUCUAACUUGCAUUAUGUAUGCCAUCUUCCAGGAACGAGACUUGCUCAAGACGUUCAAGAUCCCAGCAGAUACAUUUGUGAUGUAUAUGAUGACCCUUGAGGAUCACUACCACCAAGAUGUGGCCUAUCAUAACAGCCUUCACGCUGCUGAUGUGGCCCAGUCAACUCACACUCUGCUGUCCACACCUGCACUAGAUGCUGUCUUCACCGAUCUUGAGAUCCUGGCAGCCAUUUUUGCGGCAGCCAUCCAUGAUGUGGACCACCCUGGUGUUUCAAACCAGUUCCUCAUCAAUACAAACUCCGAGUUAGCGCUCAUGUAUAACGAUGAGUCGGUUUUGGAGAACCACCACUUAGCCGUGGGCUUUAAACUUCUACAGGAGGAGAACUGUGACAUCUUCCAAAACCUCACUAAGAAACAAAAACAGUCACUCCGAAAGAUGGUCAUCGACCUGGUACUGGCCACGGACAUGUCUAAGCACAUGGGCUUACUGGCCGAUCUGAAGACCAUGGUAGAGACGAAGAAAGUGACAAGCUCAGGAGUUUUACUUCUGGACAACUACACAGACAGAAUACAGGUUUUGCGGAACAUGGUUCACUGCGCCGAUCUGAGCAAUCCCACCAAGUCUCUAGAGCUGUACCGCCAGUGGACUGACCGCAUCAUGGAUGAGUUCUUUCACCAGGGCGAUCGAGAGAGGGAGCGUGGCAUGGAUAUCAGCCCCAUGUGUGACAAACACACCGCCUCUGUGGAGAGAUCACAGGUGGGUUUCAUUGACUUCAUCGUCCACCCGCUAUGGGAAACCUGGGCUGACUUGGUCCAUCCGGAUGCCCAGGAUAUCCUGGACAACCUGGAGGAUAAUAGGAACUGGUACCAGAGCAUGGUCCCCAUAAGCCCUUCCUCGCCCUUCGAUCAGGCUGACAAAGACGGCAACAGCGGGGGUUCAGCCCCUGACAAGUUCCAGUUCGAGCUCACGCUAGAGGAGGAAGACUCAGAAGGCACGGAAAAAGACGAACAGAGCCAGGGAGACGAGGAAGAAGACGACAGAGGGGAAGAAAUGGAAUCCACUACACUCAUCCAGAUAGUUACCGAAGACGCCUCACCGGUCGACACAUAAGACUUCGCGUCCCUUGAUAGGCGGUAGCUAUUUUUUCCCAUGCAAGAGGAGAAAUCUUGCAGUUGAUGCUUUUUAAAAAGCCCACAUGGGGUGAUUUUUUAGUCCCCCGUGGGAGGAGGAUGUCUUGCCCUCCUUGCACUUACGUUUGGAGACAGUUUGUAGGAGCUCUCAGGAAAUAAAUGCUGCAGACAUUUUGGACCUGAACGAUUGGCAGGCGACUUUGAUAAACGUGAAGGAUUGGGGCCAACGUGAACAGUUUGUUUGGUUGUUUACCAGAUUGUGAGGAGUAGACACUACUGAGAGGAUUUCUCUUUUUUUUGUACCAACACAAACUUUUUGUAAAGCUAUGGGUGUGUGAUGAGGUCAAAAACGAACUACUGAAGAACAAGUAUUUGUAAAGAGAGAAACUGUUUACUUUUCUGUACCAUUUGUCUAAAGACUGUGUGCCUUUUUACUAUUGUCUUUUUAAUAGUCUUUUAUUUAUUGAACACAUUUUAGUAUAACUGUACGUUGAAAUGUUUUCAUUUUGUAAAGCAAACCAGACCGAACAUGCAGAAUUGUUUUAUAUCUACGCUGGAGAGAAAACUUAGUGUCUUCCUUUGUUUGGCAAUAUAACUUAAUAAUCCAAACAUCUGACAAACGAUCAGAAAACUAAGAAA